GAUUGGCCGGAAUCCCCUUGGAGGAAAUGUAGGCACAGACUCGCACGGGGCUCGUUGCUCGCCCGCUUUCAAAUCCAGCUCAGUUCUUAGGCAAUAACAACAACAACUCACCAGAAUGAAGGUCUCCAGCAUCGACUGCCGGCGUCUAAAAAAGAUCAUCAGGAAGGAAUGCGGCAGCUGCCUUAUCGUGGACUGUCGACCCUAUUUCUCAUUUACGAACUCCAGUAUUAAAGGGUCCGUCAACGUCAAUCUCAACUCUCUGGUGGUGCGGAGGUGCCGAGGAGGACCGGUCCCUCUGCAGUUUGUCAUCCCGGACGAGAGAGCUCUGUUUCGGCUCAGGGAAGGAAGCAUAUCUGCGAUCGUGGCUCUCGAUGACCGGACGUCCCACUGGCAGAAACUGAAAAAGGACAGUGUAGCACAGAUAGUAAUAAACACCCUGUCGCAUUUAGCGAGCGGGGCAAGCAUUUGCUUCCUGAAAGGAGGAUACGAAAACUUCCACUCUCAAUACCCUGAACUUUGCACUGAGGUGAAAACCACUGACCAUAGCGGAACUGAAACCGAGAAAAGAGUCAGCAGCCACAGCGAGAAGCUUUCUCACCGCAAACCAGAUUAUGAUCAGGGUAAACCUGUAGAGAUCCUGCCUUUCCUCUACCUCGGCAGUGCCUACCAUGCUUCUAGACAGGACUAUCUCAGCGACCUUCACAUCACAGCCUUGCUCAACGUGUCGCGCCGGGACAUGCAUCCGACCAAAGGCCGCUACGACUACAAGUGGAUCCCGGUGGAGGAUAGCCCCAUGGCUGACAUAAGCUCACACUUCCAGGAGGCUAUAGAGUUUAUAGAUCAAGUGAAGCAAUCCGGAGGGAAGGUUCUGGUACACUGCGAAGCAGGCAUCUCACGCUCGCCCACCAUCUGCAUGGCGUACAUCAUGAGAACCCAGAAACUGAGGCUCGAUGAAGCCUUCGAGAUCAUCAAGCAGCGCCGGGCUGUCAUUUCACCGAACUUCAGCUUCAUGGGCCAGCUGCUGCAGUAUGAGUCCGAGGUCCUGUCCAACACACCGGCCCUCGCUGCCACGCCCGAACCAGCCACUCCGUGCGUCACGGAGUCGGCCUCGUUUUUUGCCAAUGACUUCUCCGCCACUUUCAGCACCAAAAGCUUUGAGCCACCCAUGUUCACCUUCCCUACCUCUUGCCUGCAGUCCCCAGUACACCACCCGUUAAAAUUGAGCCCAAUAACUGCACUGCCUUAAAAAAGUGAACUGUGACUGCUUGGUAGUAUUACUUGAAAUUUUAAGAAUCAAUGCUCUCUGUGUGCCUGGUGUUGAAACUAGCAGAGCGGGUAGACGUGGAGAUCAACAAGAGACGCAAUGAAGAGUAAAAAAAGAACAGUGUUCCAUUGAAGGGUUUUCCUGUCUUCUGAGCUGCAGUGAUAAAACAACACAGCACAGUGAUAAACUGCAAUAUACAUGCCUUAGGUUAAUAUUGUGAUUCAUUUGCCUAUUCACAAUUAUGGUUAGGCAUUUAAACCUAAUUUAUUUAAAAACUAUGGUCUGUUUUUUUUCAAUAAUGUGGGAAAUGAAAUGUGUUUAAUAAAUGUUUUCACCACUGAAA